ACAUUUGACAUUUAUGUCCUUGACGCUCCCUGCUCCUUAUCUUUUUGAUUCUUUGAUUUCUAGUCGAAUUGUCAAAUAUUUCUACUUUACAGAAAAUCUGUGAGUAGAAACAAAUGGCCCAAAUUUUUCUUUAAUAUGCUUUUCAAGAAUCCGAAACCAGCUUAUAGAAGGUGGAUCAAACGUGGGGCAAUAACACUUUUUGUGAUAGAAGCAGCUUGUUUUGCAGGAAGUUACUUUAUUUGGCAAAGAGUCAACACUGAAAGAGAAUAUCGAAAAUAUCUCCACGACAACUAUCCCUCAAUUCUAGAAUUGUAUUACAAAACUGGUGAAACUUUAGAUCCACUCAACAGGGUGAGACAGAGCGAUCAAGCCUGUUGGAAAAAACAAGUUUGAUGGCUAGCAGAUUGGUGAGGUCAAUAUUUUGGUUGUGUUCAUUAUCUGGACUCGGUUAUGGAUUGUUGAUUUUAACCACACCAUCGCAAUCAAACGUUAAUGAAUUGAAACAGAAAUUGGGUAGUGAUAAGCAACCGAAAGAAGCUCUAAGUAAAAAUCAACAGUUUAUGAACGUUUUGCAGGCUGCAACCAAUAACUCAAAACCAAUUUACCGAUUAUCUAAGGAAGAAAUUGAAAAAGAACUUAACAGAAAGUAAAAUCAGUCCUAUUAUUCUUCUAAUAAAAAAAAUGAAUGCAAUAACAGUAGAUAGUGUAACUGAUAAAACCAACAAAUUGAAUUUCCUAACCAAAAGAGAGAAUGAGAGAAAACAUAACUUACAGAAAAAACGUGAAGAUAAAUGCCUAACGUCAGCUAAUAAUGAACAACUAGAUUUUUUUGAACGGUUAUUCAACGAAAAACACACUUAUAUAGAGGAUAUGAUCAACCUUUCUAAAAAUGUACCAAGGAUUGAGUUGUUGAAUCAUUUCAAUAUGAUCUCGAAGGAAAUAUUAACUUUGCAGAAAUACGUAGCAGCUUCUAAUAUAUUUCUAAGAAACUAUGAUUUACAGAGAUGUCAAUUUAUGCUUCAGGAGUUAACCUUGAAAUCCAAACAGCUUGAAGAUGAGCUUCUGCCAAAGAAGAAAUUUUCUUUCAAAAAUAAAUCAAAAGAAAAUGGACAGAUUAAAAUUCCAGAAAAGAAGGAACAUUUUGAUGAAGUUGAUUUUCAAUCAAAACGUUCUAUUGCAAAAAACUUGUGUGGAAUCUUCAAUAAAAGUAAUGAGGUACUGAUAUUGACCAAUCAGGAUAUUUUCAAAAAAGAUGUCACAUUAGAGAAACUGGAAAACUGUAAGGUUUUUUUGAAAGGUAGCCCAUCGACUCUACAUCUGGAUCAACUUAGGAACUGUCAGAUAUUUUCUGGACCCGUGUCAACCUCCAUCUUUGCUGAAAACUGCGAGAACUGUACUUUAGUAAUUGCUUGUCAACAGUUAAGAUUGCACAGUUCUAGAAACACCAUCAUUUAUCUACACGUUACGAGCAGAGCCAUUAUGGAAGAUUGCAAGGAAAUCUCUAUUGCUCCUUAUAAUUGGAAGUAUGAUGAAAUCGAAGAUGAUUUCAAGAAUGCCUCUCUCAAUAAAUCAACGAAUAACUGGACCUGCAUUGAUGACUUCAACUGGCUGAAUGAAAAGCAUUCUCCAAACUGGAAGGAAAUUGAAGAAAAGGAUAGAGUCUCCAAUUGGGAUGCAAUAUAGUAUUUUGUGAAAUAACUUAUGUAAAUAUUGAAUUCAA